UUGGUUGCAUUGCGAGUGCUAAUGCCCGCUGGGUCACGAGUGCGCUACAGAAUUGCAUUUUCAAACCUUUGUGAAUUAAAUUACGGCUUAAUUGUGUCAUUGAAUAGCAACCAGUAAGGAAUAUCGAAAUGAUAAGCGCGGUGAACGACUUCUUAGAUGACUUACGUGGCGGCAGAAUGACUGAGUCACCGAUCGUGAGGGUGGAAGAGGGGGAGCUGCAAGGGAAGCUCGUGAACUCGCCCAACGGCAAAGCCUUCUACAGUUUCCAAGGGAUCCCUUAUGCGAAACCACCCAUUGGAUCCUUGAGGUUUAAGGCCCCACAGCCGCCAGAAUCAUGGGACGGUGUACGCGAGGCCACAUCAGAAGGGAACAGCUGCGCUCAAAUCGAACCAUUCUUCAACAAAGAGUACUCAGGGGAUGAGAAUUGUCUCUUCUUAAAUGUUUACACACCAAACGUAGACGGGGAAUUCCUGCCCGUUAUGGUUUUCAUUCAGGGUGAUGGCUUCCGUAUGGGAUCGAACAGUACCAACCUAUAUGGUGCAGAUUAUUUAGUAGAGAAAGACGUAGUUAUUGUUACCAUUAACUAUAGAUGUGGACCCCUAGGUUUCCUAUGUCUUAACACUCCAGAAGUACCGGGAAAUGCUGGCGCUAAAGACAUCGUUCAGGCUCUUCGAUGGAUAAAGGAGAACAUAAAGAAUUUCGGAGGGAACUCUGGCAAUCUGACGGUAUUCGGUAAAAGUUCUGGUAGCGCAUUGGUGACGCUCCUAACAGCGAGUCCAUUGACGAAAAAUUUAAUAAACAAAGCUAUCAUUCAAUCUGGCACAGCGCUGAACCCUUGGGCGAUUCAAAAGAGUCCAAUAGAUAACGCAACAGCUUUGGCCAAAGAGCUGGGCUGCGAAUCGAUAGAUAUCGAUGAAAUUUUUGAGUUCCUGUCGACAACGCCAGUAAGAGACAUUGUAGAGGCGUACGAGAGGAUGGCUCCUUUAGUUGGCACAAUGGAUAAGACCUUGAAUCCAUUCGCACCAGUCGUCGAAAAAGAAUUUCCAGGUGUCGAAGCAUUCCUCACCGAACCAUUUGUGGAUGUAUUGACAUCUGGACGAGUAGCCGAUAUACCAAUUAUGAUCGGUUCAACUGCUGUUGAAGUUGCGUUCGUUCGCGAUACUGAUGAUUUGCAAUCAUACAUUCCAAAAGACUUGAACAUUGAGAGAAAUUCAGAUGAAUCUUUAGCUAUUGCUGAUAAAAUAAAGGCAUUAUACGUUAAAAGUGAUGCUGUGGGUGAUGAGAGCUCAAUAGAUAAAGCCCAUUUGUUGUCUGACUGUCUAUAUAACGUCAAUAUGCACCGUUAUAUCAAGUAUCUCGUUAAUAAUACAAAUAAGCCGAUUUAUUUCUACAAAUUCAAUUACAACGGCGAAUUGGACUUGAGCAAUGAUUUAUUGAAAAGCUUGGACCUGAAACACGCGGGGCAUGUGAACGAAGUGGGUUACCUGUUCAAGAACGACCUUCAGAAAAACGUUGAGCCAACGCCCCAGGAUGUUAAGAUGAGAGAGCGUUUGCUGAGGUUGUGGACGAACUUCGCUAAGAGCGGUAACCCUACACCAGAUGAAAACCACUACCUUCCAGUAACAUGGCUGCCAGUCACCAAAGACAAUCUCUAUUACCUGAACAUUGGCAACGAAUUGUCGUUGGAUUCGAAUCCGGAUCAAGAGAAAAUGGAAUUUUGGGACGAAUUAUACGGAAAAUACUACAAAAUCUGGGAUCAUCCUGUGACAAAUGAAAGCAUUGUUCCCAUUAGUGAAAAACUUGAAUUUUCAACGGCUCCGGUGAUUGUUGAAGAAACGAUUAUAACAACAUCAAUGAUUACUAAUAAUGUUGAAAGUACAGAGACACAGGUAUUAGUUAACGUGCAAGAAACAGUUGAAGCGAAAGAAGAAAUCCAAGCCUUAAUAGUGGACGAUAAUGAAGCAGUUCAUCAAAAUAACAUAGUCGACGUUACUCCUGAAGAAAUCACAGUACCCGAUAAUGUAGUUGAUAAUGAACCAGAUAAUAAAGAACAGGAAGUCGAACCCACUGAAGUACGAGUUGUAGAACAACCGGAAAAUAUGGACUUCGGUAUAAACAUCGUUAAGAUACAAGAGAAAUUCGAAAUGCCACAGAAUGGCGUCGAAGAUAUCAAAUUCAACGGUAAUUCGGACAAGAAACCGAGACCUUCGAAUGAAAUCAAAAUGGUGGCGAGCAACAAUGUGAAUCCGAAAGACGUUAUCAGAGCCAACGAUCCCCCUGAAGACGAUUUACCGAAGAAUAUUGGUGUCAAUAAGUUCGUUAACUUCUUCGAAUCAUUAGGGGGCAAGAAGUAAGCUUGGAGACCAGCUGUUUCUGUAAUUUAUCUAUUUUUUGUCACAUUUCUUUUUUUACGUCGAUUUAUCUUAUCUAUCUUCGUAUUUUCUACGUUUUAUUCCGUAUAUUUAAGAAAUAGUUUUAUUUUUAUCGAAAUAGAUUUUCUUAUAUUCUAUUUUACAGUUUUAAAAGUAAAUAUUUAUUAUAUAUUUUUAAAUAUUAUAUAUUUUGUUUCAUGAAAAGUUUAUAUAAAGUAUAACAUUAUUGUAUGAAAAGCAUUUAUUGGUUGAACAUUCCAAAUAAUCAGCGUAUUCAUUUAAUUUUUUUUUAAUGUUAAAAUGAUUAAUUUCGAUAUAAGUAUUCAUUUAAAUUGUUUAAAGAGCAAAAGAUAUAUAUUUAGUUUUCAUAAUUAACAAAUAAGAUAUUUUUUUUUUCGUUUACAGUUAUUUUGUAUGAAGCCAUUAAUGGGCUUGAGAAACUAUAUAUGUGGGCCAAAGUGCUGACUAGAAAUUGUAUUUAUGAUAAAAUUUUCAUAACAUUUUUAAAUUCAUUGUUCUAAUGUGAGAGGAUUUUUCCAUAGCGGCUAGACAGAGCUUCUUUUUUUUUUGUUUAUAAUGUCUUGCAUUUGCAUCGUGUGAAGUAGACUACAAAUUUUGAUUCUAAUCUUUAUUUAUUAAAUUUUUACUUUGAUCAGUUUGUCUUCAAAUUCAGCACUAUGACCAAUGUGUUUACAAUAAUAUAUAUAUAUAUAUAUAUAUAUAUAUGUUUUUGUUAAAAUCAGAACUCUCGGAGAAAUUUUUAUUUGUAUGACAAAAUCGGCUUAAAUAUCUAACAGGAGAAGAAAAAUAGCCUAAGUUACUUUUAUUUCUGCAAGAGUGCCAUCUGUAUUUAUUGUGUCUCAGUACGAGGACCACAUAGUCAUGUUUUUAUAUAUUUAAAGUAUAUAAUAAUACCUAUACCUUCAGAUGACAUGCAUAUUAGGAUGAUUAACAGAAAUAAAAGUAAAAUUACUCGUAAUUUUAUAUACUGGUAUAUAUAUUAUACUGGUAACAAAUAAUGAAAAAAUUAAAUUAUUUCUUCACAAUAUCAAACACAUUCAUGUUACUACUACUCACUUUAUUGAUUCGAUUAUCACAAUUUAAUACAAUCCUUAACAAUUUGCAUAAACUAUAUUAAUUUCAUUGUGUGAUUUCAAGUGCCUUUAUAAAAAAAAAACAUCUAAAUUAUUAUUAUUUUUUUCUUUUUGUUAUUAAAAUUCAUUAUGUUUAUAAAAAAGCAAAGUUAAUACUUUUUCAACGAAGACUUUUUUUUUUUUAUAUUUUUUACAGAUUACAUUCCUUUGCAUUUAUAGUAAUUAAAAACAAAUAAAAGCACAGUAAAGUAACUUAGUCAAAUAUUUUAAGGAGUUAUUUUUAAGAAAUAAUAUCUAUGUUUAGUUUAUUUUAACUGGCUUUACUAUAUAUAAUAAACGAAAAUCAAAAUAAAGUUUGCAACAAUAUUGUAAUUGUAAAGAAAUUAAAUAUUUAUUAUACAAGAUUUAUGUAGCGCUAGCGAUUACUACUAUUUUUUUUUUAUUUUGUCACAUCAAGAUGUAACACAACAAUCAGAUUAAAAAAAAAAGAGUUAACUACAAGCCUUUUUCUUAUAAUAUAUUUUAUUAGCAUUUUUAUUUAAGCUGUAUUAAGUUUGGCAUGAUAUACGAUAUAUACAACAAAAACAUCGUUGGUUAUGUUUGUAAUUAUCAGGGAUUUAAAGCUAUAUAUGUGAUGGUGGCCAAGUCCGUAUGGAUAGUUGGUACCAUAUGGUGGGUUAAAUAGUGCAGAGUUGUGGAGUUAACAGGUACAUACCGAACAUUCCUCGGUAAAUAACGUUCGUGAAACUGGAAUAGAUAAUAAUAAUCAGAAAAAGGAAGUCCCUGAUAAUUAUAUAUUUGCAGUAAUUGUGUGCGAUGGUAAUACAAAGAGCACCACGUGGAAGCGAGACGAUAUGUAAUUUGUAUUCUUGAUCACUAGAUGGAUCAUGCUUCGCCGUUCCUUAGGCUAUAUUCCUACGCAUUUUCAAUUAUUAUUUUGUAUUGCAUAAUAAUUUCUUUAAUUUCAAAUAUAUCUCAAAUGUAACGCUAUUGCUCCAAUUGCAUGAUAGCUCAAAUAAUAUUACACAAAAAUUAAAAUAUAUUUACAUAUUUAUUUAUAUUAUUUUAGUUUGUCGUUUAUUUAAUAACUGGCAACACGAGUCAAAGAAAGUGACAUUAAAUUACGCGCUAAAACGCAAAUGGAGUAAUAGUACUAGUUAAAAUUAAUAACUUAAAUAAAUGUUUAAUAAAACGAAUGGAAUUGUGAAUCCUAUAAUCUUAAUUAUUAAGAGGAAACUUGAUUGUAUGAUAACAUUGUAAGUAAUAAUUACGCACGAAAAUUCGCACUAGGAAUAAAAAUUUAGUCACUUUUUUUGGUCAAAUAAUUUAUCGAUUUGUAAAUUAAAAUUAAUGUAGGUAAUCUGUGCCAAUAAUGAUUCUAGUUUUAAUUUCCAUUUUAUUAUUGCGCAUACAGAUUGCGUAUUUUUUAUAUAAUAAUAUGAAUAAAUAAAAUCUU